AUGAUAGAAGCGCUUAUAAGCAUGGUUUCAAAAGCUCUUAAAAUCAAAAAAAGUGCAAUUACCAUCAAGCCCAGGCUGAAAUUUUCUGAUGCUAUACAUUAUAAAAAUUUUGAUUAUGAGUUCGAAUUGCAAACUUCAGCUGAAAGGAUAAAAGAAAGUGAAAUAAUGGACAAAAUACUGAUGAAGAGUAGAAGUGAUAAAAGAAAGCCAAUAUCAAAUAUCAGAAGAUAA